AUGUUGAGAAGUCCAGAACUUCAUGCGCAAGCUGGGCCAUGCCCCGAGCAAAGCAGUGAUCAGCGUCUUGAAAUUCGUCCAACAACGUUACCAGCACCGCUUUCUGGUGCCGAGGCCACCCAGGCAUUACUGAAAGCAAAGAUCCGUGAAAUUCAGUCCAGCCCAGUGCUGACACCGAAGCAAAAGGCAGAGUCUGUGCAGAAUCUCAUGAUGAAGGACUGGAAUGAUGCCAAAUCGAAGGCUGGUGUUAUCAAAACGGAAUGCAAUGCGGAAGUGGAGCGCAAACGGCUUUCAUACCACGAUGAAGCAAAAACGAUCUUGGGGUGCAGUCAUUACCAACGGAAAUGUAAGCUGCUCGGUAAAUGCUGCGGGAAAUGGUAUUCUUGCCGCUUUUGCCACGACGACAACGAAGAUCACGCCUUUGAUCGCUAUGCCACCGAAUCGGUAUCAUGCAUGAAAUGCGAUACAGUGCAGCCGAUCAGCAAAACUUGUAUGAACGAGGACUGUAGAUGCGAAUUUGGAUGCUACUACUGCGACGUAUGCAAAUUCAUCGAUGACGACCACAACAAAGACAUUUAUCAUUGCGAUAAGUGCAAAAUCUGCCGCAUUGGCAAAGGGCUGGACAUCGACUAUUUUCAUUGCGACCGUUGCAAUGCCUGCAUGAGCAUCACGUUGAAAAAGCACAAGUGCGUAGAGCGAUCGCUCGAGUCCGACUGUCCGAUCUGCCACGCUUACAUGUUCACGUCCACGACGCCAGUCAUGUUCCUUCCCUGUGGGCACUGUAUGCAUGUAUCGUGCUACGAAGAGUACACGCUGACAAACUACAUCUGCCCACUCUGUUCGAAAUCUCUUGGAGACAUGGAGCUGUACUUUGCCAGUAUUGAUGAGCUGCUCGAACGCGAGCAUAUGCCGGCUGAGUAUCAGGACUAUAAGUCGUUGAUCUACUGCAGCGACUGCGAGCGCAAGUCUACCACCAAGUUCCACUUCGUUUAUCACAAGUGCCAAUACGAAGACUGUAUGUCAUACAACACGAAGCUACUGCGGCAGUUCAAAGAUUCCGAAGAUCAGGUUGCAUGUGGCCCUGUCAGUCAGACUCAUACACUCUAGCAGCGAG